AUGUCGGCUGCAUCAUCACAACACGUCCUUCUCUCCCCCGCAGAGCUCGCCUACCUGCACGCGUCGCUCUCCUUGACGCCGCCAAUACGCCCGGACGGCCGGUCGCCGACACAGUUUCGUCCGCUCAUCGCCGAGACUGGCAUCCUGCCUGGUGCGAACGGCAGCGCGCGCGUGUGUUUUGCUGACGGCACCGAGGCGAUUGUGGGGGUCAAGGCUGAGGUUGAGAAGACGGUCUCGCGCAGCAAGGAGGAUGAGGAGGUUGGGUUGCUGGUUGCGAGCGCGGGCGACAUGGAUGUCGAUGAUGAAGAAGGGUAUGCCAAGGUUGGUGCGGAUAACAGGACUGGCGAGGCAUCUUGGGUUGAAAUAACUGUUGAAAUUCCCGGAGUUAGAGAUGACGACUCGGGGAUGGUGUUUUUGGCGCAAUUAUUAGGGGAGGCGUUGCUGGCAGAUGGCGAAUUUGUGAAGAAGUUAUGGAUUAAUCGGCGGUACCAUUGGAAGUUGUAUAUUGAUAUCCUGCUCAUCUCACCACCGCUUUCGUACCCCCUACCCCUACUAUCCCUUACAACUCACCUUGCGCUCCUCUCGACCCGUCUACCGCGUUUGAAGUCCGAAGGUGAUGAAGACCCGUAUUUUGACGACGACUGGGCUGUCGCUCCCUAUCUCUUCCCUCGCUCAUCAUCAGCAUCAAAAUCUUCCAAAUCCUCGCCGACACAACCCACUACUCGUCCUCCUAUCACUCUCCUAGUCAUGGCUGUCGGCAACAACAUACUCUUUGAUCCUUCCAAGGAAGAACUAGCCGUCGCCGAUGUGGCGCUUGCUGUCUCAGUCACCGCGACCGAUGUCGAUCCGGACGAGAGCGACGCGCAAAAAGAAACAGCCACGGCCACGGCAGGGCCAGACAGCGCCGACGCCGCGAAGCGCGGCAGGAAACUGCGCCUUCUGUCUAUCCGCACGAUUGACCCGCCGUCAAGGCUGACCCCGCCGGGUGUGCCUAACUCAACAAAUCCAGCAGCUAUCUAUGGGACGACGAGUAGUAGCGGCACGAAUGGAAAUGGACAACCGCAGCAAAAAGUUGAGAGCGGGAAGAUCUCAGAGCCGAUUGAGCCAAUUGAGGGCGUUUGGAGGGCUCCGAGAGGAGGUGCGAAGAGACUGGUGCUUGGAGCCUUGGUGCAGAAAGUGCUGGAGAAAGGAGGCGUUGUAGACGAGGUACUAGACGCCCUGGAGGGUGUCGAGCUGACAUAA